AUGAUUCAGUCGACCUACAGCGUCGUUCCUACGUCAAGGCUAGAAGCCUUGAGUCAAUUGCCUAAUGUGCUGGAACCCGGACAUUUUGAUGUCUUAUAUGAGCCCUCGAUAGGGGAGGACGUGUGCAUUGCCGAUCAGAAAUGCAAAAGGUGUGAGGCAAGAAUAUUCGAUAAAUGUGCUACCACAGAAACCCAAUGGGUAUGCGCCUUCUGUAAUACCUAUAACGAUCUUUCAGAGAAGCCUAUUUCUGUGUCCUACACGUCUUCCAUGGAGGGAAACACUGGAAUCAGUCCGGUACUCGUGGUGGUGGACCUAAAUUGUGACGAUUCGAGCGAACUGAAGGCCCUACAUAGCGUACUAUCCCAGUCAUUACACCAGCUUAGUGCUACAGAAUUUGGUCUUAUAACUAUAAUUGGCAAUGGUGAUGUAACAAUUCAUCUCACCAGCGGUCCAAUGACAUUUUCGAGUGACGAUUCCACAAUCGUUACUAAAGCACAAAAACUCGAUUGGGAACACUUCGAGAAGAAACUACCAGACAAGAGUGUAUUGUGGCAAUCUGCAGAGAAUUUAGUCGGGAUACUAGGUACGCUAAACUCUGUCAAGAGAAGCUCAGGACAACGCCAUAUACGCGCAACUGGUCUUGCUCUGUUCCUUGCUGCUCUUUAUGCAAAUUCGGGUACCCAUCUCCCAGUUAUUUCGUUUCUGCAAGGACCCUGUACAAUAGGACCUGGUAAAGUGGUGCCAAAGAAAUUGAAGCACCAUAUAAGACAGCAUUAUGAUUUGGACUCUAAUAAAGACAAAUACUUCAAGCCUGCGAAAUCUUUUUACGAAGCUCUAGCAAAGAGAAUAUACAUGCAUACUUUUAUCUCCUCCUUAGAUCAGGUUGGAGUGGUGGAAAUGAUGCCAUUAUGUUCGAGUGCAAUUCAGUUCGACUCUUAUGGAGAAGACCGUUUUGCCACUGCUUUUCGAAGUCAAGCGCAAGACAUUGUUCAAGUAAGCAAGGUCACCGUCAAUGUAUCCAAAGGAAUUCUUGUAGAUGGAUGUUUUGGCAAAGUCACCAAACUCAGCGCAACUCAACAAAUUUACAGUGACACUCCCUGUGGCGUAUCGGGAACAAACUGCUGGGCAUUAAACACAUCUAAACCCAGUUUAUCAUUUUCACUGCGAGUGGACACCGCUGCGACCAAAGCGUCUUCGAUUGACACUAUUCCUGGGCAUUUAGCGAUUCAAUUUCAAUACGAAUACCAAAAAGGAAAGGAAAGGUACGUGAAGGUGGAUACACUUAUAGUUGCCACAACGAACCAUGAGAUGUCAACUCCUACCUCAAUUCAAGACUCAUUCAAUGCGCAUGUAGGUCUUGUGUGCCUCAUGAAACAGAUUGCGUUUGAACAGGCAGCGAAAGGCCGUAUCCAUUCCUUUGAUCAAGAAACAUGGCGCUAUAAAGUCGACGCCCUUGCCGCCUCACACUAUAAGCUCAAGAGCAAAGGCCUGAACGAAUUUUUGGAAUACCUCUUCCGUCUCAAAUGGACAGCCCUUUUACAGAAACGUAACACUUCACCGGAUGAAGCAGCACUCUUCCAGCUCUUGGUUCUUGUAGGUACCGCGUCGUUGUGUGAGCUGCUCUGUAAACCCCACGUUCUCAUUUUUGCAAAUGGUCAAAAGUUACAGGUAACAAAUCUGGAUGAACAUUUGUUACAUGUCAGAGAAGCUAUAUGUGUCGAUGGAGGAAAUUUUGUAGUUGUUCGAUAUACAAGCGUGAGUGAGAAUGCAGAUAUUGCUACAAGCUAUGCGAACAGUAUCGUCAACACUCGCUGCCCACCACCGAUCUUCAAAAAAACCCCUGUGGGUGGAAGCCAAGAUCGAUUCUUUGUCAGCAGCUUGAUCCCUCAAGGUGGUCUCAAUACAGAGGAUAUCUCACUGCAAGAUUAUCUUGAUCUUAUUCGUAAAAUGUCACUGGAUGUAUAA